UCCCGUAAAGUCCCCACAAGGAUAACAAAACAAGGAACAUUCUACCUCGUGGGGACAUCUCCCACAUCCCCAUGAGGACAAAGGCUAUUUUAAACUCAGGUGUUAGGAUUAGAAUUUGGGUAAGGGGUUAGUGGUUCGGUUGAGAAGUUAGGUUUAGGGUUUUGGUUAGGAUUCCAAAAUGUGUGUGUGUAUGUGUGUACAGUACGCAUGCGCGUAAGUCACACACCAGAGAACAUUAUGAAUGCUGGUUUAUAAACAUUUUUGUUACUUUAUUCUUUGGUAAUUACAUUAUCCUUUGUGUUUGUAACAUGAGUAUACAUUAAUUGCAGGCCAUAAGCCAACUAUAAGAGUAUACACUGAGUGCACAAAACAUUAGGAACAGCUGCUCUUUCUAUGACAUAGACUGACCAGGUGAAUGUUAUGAUCCCUUAUUGAUGUCACCUGUUAAAUCUACUUCAAAUCAGUGUAGAUGAAGGUGAGGAGACAGGUUAAAGAAGGAUUUUUAAAGCCUUGAGGCAAGGAUUCUGUGUGUGCAAUGCAGAGGGUGAAUGGGCAAGACAAAAGAUUUAAGUGCAUUUGAAUGGGGUAUGGUAGGAGCCAGGCGUACCGGUUUGAGUGUGUCAAGAGCGGCAACGUUGCUGGGUUUUUCACACUCAACAGUUUCCUGUGUAUCAGGAAUGAUCCACCACCCAAAUGACAUGUUGGAGUCAGCAUGGGCCAGCAUCCCUGUGGAACGCUUUCAACACCUUAUAGAGUCCAUGCCUGUCGAUUUGAGGAUGUUCUGAGGGCAAAAGGGGUGCAACUCAAUACUAGGAAGUUGUUCCUAAUGUUUUGUACACUCAGUGUACGUCAUUAUUUCUACCACUAUGCAGAUGAAUAUUCUUUCAGUCUUUAAUUUCUUGAUCAGAUCAUCAGUCACUUUCAGUCUGCAGAAAUAAGUAUUUACUCUACUCAAUAUCCUGAGCAGCAAUGAUCCGGGUCAGCAGAGCGUCUCCAAUGAUCUUGGACAGGGAUGGUGUUGAAAUCUGUGUGUGACGUUCCUGUAGGGCUCAAUGACCAGGAGCCCUGGCACACUGUUGGAUUUUGCCAACGGUGGGGUCUCCUGGAUAUUUCUCUGUAGAAACUCUGUAAAAGUCUUUAUCAAGCCAGGGACACUGAGUUGAUAGUGCUGGCUCAGGACAUCUACAGUCGUGGCCAAAAUUUUUGAGAAUGACACACAUAUUAAUUUCCACAAAGUUUGCUGCUUCCAUGUCUUUAGAUAUUUUUGUCAGAUGUUACUAUGGAAUACUGAAGUAUAAUUACAAUAAUUUCUUAAGUGUCAAAGGCUUUUAUUGACAAUUGCAUGACGUUGAUGCAAAGAGUCAAUAUUUGCAGUGUUGACCCUUCUUUUUCAAGACCUCUGCAAUCCACCCUGGCAUGCUGUCAAUGAACUUCUGGGCCACAUCCUGGCGGAUGGCAGCCCAUUCUUGCAUAAUCAAUGCUUGGAGUUUGUCAGAAUUUGUGGGUUUUUGUUUGUCCACCCGCCUCUUGAAGACUGACCACAAGUUCUCAAUGGGAUUAAGGUCUGGGGAGUUUUUUGGCCAUGGACCCAAAAUAUUGAGGUUUUGUUCCCCGAGCCACUUAGUUAUCACUUUUGCCUUAUGGCAAGGUGCUCCAUCAUGCUGGAAAAGGCCUUGUUCGUCACCAAACUGUUCCUGGAUGAUUGGGAGAAGUUGCUCUCGGAGGAUGUGUUGAUACCAUUCUUUAUUCAUGGCUAUGUUCUUAGGCAAAAUUGUGAGUGAGCCCACUCUCUCCGGUCGUAACGUACCAGGAGCUCUGCCAUCCUCUUCUUAUCAUUGGCUAUACCAGGAACUUGCUUAGGUACUCAAUUUCUGAGGAGUGAUCUGCUCCAAAUAUCCUUUGUAUGGGGUCCAUGGACGACCUUUGUCCUUGAAUCUGGUGAGCCAAGACCUCAAAGAGCAGUGACAGCCACAAUCCCCAGACCUCCCAGGCUCACCUUGGUGCUACCUCCAAAUGCAGACAUCAGGUCCUGGUUACAUGCUGUUAGUUUUUCAGACGACAUAUUCUGCUGGAUGGCUGCAUAUUGAUGUUCCAGAGAAGCAGACAAGUUCAGGGAUAGGCAUUUGGUGAGGGUUCUGUCCAGGGAGAUGUCUGGAACGAUGCAAUCAUGGCUGGCUACUUCAAACAGACAGUUAAUGGUUUCUGAAGAUGGACUGCAAGCUUUGUUACCCAUGUUUGGGCUGUGCUGUAUGUCUCACGCACUCCUCUACCUGUGUAUUUAAAAACAUGAUGGGUUGAGUCUGAAGGACAUAGUCCUGGCUUGGACAAACAUCUAAUAACCAAAGAGCGGAAUGUAGGACACCACUUGCAAAAAACAAUCAUAUUCAUCCAAUGGAAAAGGUUUAUAAAUCUUUAGAGCAGAGGCAAACAGUACAUGCGUUGUUGUUGACACAGACUCAGAGCCUUGUUAAUGCACUCUUUAUCUAACCAUUCCAAAAUACAAAAAUCACCAUAUCAAAUGAUGAAAUAUUACUGUCACCUUUAAGACUACCGCUACACCUUUUAAAGGAACUUUUCUUCCAUUACUUUCCAGAUUUCAGCUAACAUUAACUACAAUCACGAUUGACACAAUAUCCUAUGUUUGUGAUUGCAUGUGUUACAAAAAUCCAUGUGUAAUGUAUUGACUUGUUUGAAAUCAAAAUACAACUAACAUGGAUUUCACUGACACACGUAGCUUCACUCUCCCUUUAUUUCUGCAAUUCAAAACCUUCCCGUUGGUUGAUCAGUUUGUAAAAGUCACGUUCAGACUGCAGAAAGAAGUCUUUGCUGUCUUCAAUGUCCUGAGCAGCAAUGAUCCGAAGCAGCAGAGCAUCUCUAAUGACCUUGGACUCACAGAGACUGUGUUGAAUUCUGUGUGUGAAAUCUGUGUAGGGCUCAAUGACCAGGAGCCCUGGCAUAAUGUCAGCUCCUGGCACUGGCGGUGUCUUCUGUAUAUUAUUGCUUACUUACUCUGUAUAGAGCUUGAAUAGGCUGGUGAACGCAGUCUUGUAGGAGACGCGCAGUGCUUCUGCUGAGCCUCAUGGAAUGGAGCCCAAGCGGAUCUCGUGGAUCCUCAUGUGCAGGUGGAACGCUGCCCCACACAGCCACUGCUUCAUGGCCACUGACCCCAUACAUCUCUUGUUGGUCAUCCUCUCAAAAUGGUCAAUCAGCUCAAACUUUGGGUACUGGUCAUAGAGCUCUGUCACCUCCGCCAUCUUGUCCAUAUCACCAGCUAUCUCAGGGACCAGUUUCAGGUAUUCAUUGAUGUGGGACCCAAUUCUUGAGGAAUAGCAUUCUCGUUGUCCCCCUGCCCUUUUGCCUUGUGGGCUAAGACAUCAAAGCGUAGGGACAGAACUAGUGCCACAACACCCACACCCCCCAAGGCCACCUUUGUGCUCCCUCCCAAUGCAGACUUUAGGUCCUGGUUGAAAACAGUUAGUUGUUCAGCAGGAAGGUGUUGCUGAAUGGAUGCAUGCUGUUGGUCGAGAGCUGCACUUGAGUCCAAGGAUAGGAAGCUGAGCAGUGUGUCAUCCAGAGAGAUAUCAGGAACCAAGCUGCCUGCCCUGGCCACUGAGAACAGGUUCUAUAUUGCUGCCAAAGAUGGGAGGCAAGAAGUGAUGCUUCUGAGCAGCAUUAUUAUCUAUCUUACUAUGACUCGCUAUAACCCACUUUCUGGUGAUUUCACUCUCAUCAUCUGUAAUACAAUGCUAAAACUACAUUACAAUGGUGAUGCAUUUGAACAGCAAGCCUGUGGAGGACCUUGUCCUGUGAAAGUAAAUAAAUGAGACAAAUAAAAAAGAACAUACUAUUGUAUUGUAGAGCACCAUUUGAAAACAAUGUAUAUUAUGAUGACCUAAUAAAAAGGUUCAGUGACAUUAAACAAAAACAGGCCAUCACUACUGCACUGACAAUGAUGCAGUUCUACAUGUAUACCUGAGACACUAUGCACUAAUUCAAGCCAACCCACAUGUUAUAUAUGUGAAUGUGGGCUCAAGUGAAGAUAGGGUGUAGGUUUAUCCUUACAGGUAGUGGCAGGUGGUACACACAGGUUCAGCUCUAUACAGGUACUAAAGCAAAAAGCAAAAAGUUGAAAGCAAAAAGCUCAAAGUUGAAUCCUUGUUACUCUCCAUUAUUCAGGCUGGACCAACAAGAUAUUAACUUCGUUACAUGAUUCUCUCAAAACAUCACAUUAUAUUUUUCUAUAAAGUACAUAGAAAAACAUUUUAUUGGAAAAGAAGCAGGCCUAAAAGUUUGCGUAGUCCAUGAUGUGUAGACUAAAAGGGUAAACAGCAAAACUCCUGGGAGAAGCGUCCCAAUAAAAUAAGUAGCUAACCAUGGGACGCCUCGGUUGUCAAGGAGUGUUAGAAACAUUCCCUGGAGCCCUCACAGUGUGGUGAUACUUGUGUUGCAGGCAAUGGAAUUACCUUUUGCUUUGACAUCUGAGAUCGUCGACUCCAUGAUUAGGUUUUCUCUGCAUGCUCGCUCUCAGACGGACCAAGAUUCGAUAAUAUUUGACAUGUAAUGUACUGGAUUUAAUUAAGUAAUUCAUCCAAAGUGUUCAGAUCGAGGUGUUCUUGGACGGAGCAUUUCAACAAGAAAGCUACAAGAAUGUAAGGAUUAUUUAUAAACAGGCAGAAUUUGUCGAGAAUUUGCGAUAUUUGUGAACGAUUAACAAAAGGGCUGUCCCUUCCAUCGUUGUCAAGGCAACCUACACUGACUGACAAACCACCCGAAGACCGACAGUUGAAGGAUUUGUAAACGUUUAUGGAAACUUGUUUGGUCAGCUAAUGUUUGUAAUUUAAUGAAAGCCUACUAUUCCACAAAAUAAUACGCUCUGUGUAUAAUGGCGACUUCUACACGCGUUGCACCUGAGGCAUCUGUCAGAUGUGAAGUGCGGGCAGGUAGAGAGCAUUGGACUAACAUUAAAGCUGGACGUGAAAAGAGAAAUGGACCUGGGGUUCAGCAGUGGUCUGACGGAUCUAAAUAUGAAGGAGAAUUUGUGAAUGAUUUGAAGCACGGCACAGGAGUCUUCACCUGGACAAAUGGAGAGUUUUAUGAUGGCUCAUUCUACAAAGAUUAUCGUCAUGGAAAUGGGACUUAUUCCUGGCCAGCAGGCUUCAAAUUUGUGGGAAAGUUUUAUUUGAACCGGAAGGAGGGCUAUGGCAUUCAGACCUUCCCUGAUGGCACCACCUUUCAGGGGUUGUACCAUGCAGAUGAGCGCUUUGGGCCAGGUGUGGUGACAUACCCAGAUGGACAUCAGGACGUAGGUCUAUGGCACCGGGAGAGGCUGCUGAGGCUGUGCACUGCUCUGGAGGGGGGCUUCACUCUCCAAGCCUUCCCAGAACACAUGGCUCAGAUCAACUGCAAGAAGGAGCCUAAGAACCAGUCCCAGAGCUCAGCCAAGGGGCCAGAGACCAAGGCCAAGCCGGGCACCAGGGAGGUUGGCAUGGACCCACUUCUCUCUCCUUACCAUGAGCUGCUGCAGGACGAACACUUCAUCCUGCCCCCAGACAUGGACCGCUACUCCACAGACUCGGACCACCUGCCUGUGCCCUGGGGGCUGCGUAAGGAGCUGGACCUGCAAUUCUUCGGCGAGUGCUGUGACAACCCAGACACUAACCCUGAUGUCUCAGCAGCUUUACCACUGCAGCAGCGCAUGCAGGCUCACAUCCAUAGGCACAGGUUUGAGGUGGAGGCACUGGACUGGGACGUGGAGGCUGUUCUGUCUGAGAACCGGCAAAGGUUUGGCCCUAAGGGAUCUCUGGAGCUCAACUCAGAGGGCCUCAUCCAGGAGGCCUCGCUGGGUGACCCGCAGAGUGUCUAUCGCAUCCUACGGGAUGGUAAGAUACACCCUGAUGUUGGCGAUGCCCGAGGACACACAGCACUCAUUGCAGCUACGGUCAACUGCCAUAAUGAUGUGAUCCACCUGCUCCUGGACAGCGGAGCAGAUGUGAACAAGCUCAACUGUGAGGGCAUGUCUGCUCUGGCUGUUUGUAAUGUCCUGUACUACCCAAUCCAGUCACUCCAUGAGACAGUUGCAGAGAAGGUCCCACAAAAGACCCACGCAAAAUCACAGGCUGUCAAAGCCCGGUCCCUAUCAGUGAACAGUCCUCAGAGCAGCAUAGUGGAAGCCACCAAAAACAGAGCCCAGACCACCAAACAGACUGACCAGCCCAAUCAGGCAGACGACACUGCUCCAAAGGGCCACACCAACCAGGCUGAUAACGAGGCUAUGGACCGUGGCCAGUGUAAUGACAGUCAAGUGUCCCUUUGCAAUGGCCAGGGUUAUUGUCAGGAAGAGGCUGACCAGGAUGAGGAUGAACAGUACCUCCAGGAAUGCAGUGACCAGGCUGCCUUGGACCUAGACCGCAUGGAAAUGAUAGUGGUGAGGGAAAGGCGCUCCAUCCAGGUGCUGGAUGGGAACAUCCCACUGGGCUGUGUCCCCUGGCAUGAGGGGGGUGGCUCUUAUGAUCUGACCCAGCAGCAGCAGGAGGAGGGAGAGGCCGGAUCAGAGGAGGACCGGAGGAGGAGGGAGAGGAGAGGCAGCCUUAUGGCUGACCCAGCGUUUGACUCGGCCCGCUCCCUGGCCAGCUUCCACAUCCAUGUCACGGAGGAGGUCAUGCAGAAGACGGCCGAGGCCUUAAGCCGAUCGGGCCUGGUACCACAUGCUGACACCCAGGAGACCGUCCGCAAGAUGGCCCUCAUGAAGACCGAGCACCGCGGAAGGUGGACCACCAUGAAGCUGCUACUGGACAGGGGAGCAGACCCUAACGCCUCCAGUGUGCCCAUGCCUGUCCUCUUCCUGGCCAUCAAGGCAGGCCACAUCCAAGCUGUCAGGCGUCUGCUGGAGUGUGGAGCACGCACUGAUAUGUGCCUGCCUUCAGAACAAAGGGGUUUCUACCCCCUGCACAUCGCUGCAGCUCUCCCCGGGGCAGAGGGCCCCAAAAUCACUGAGCUGCUGCUGCACGCCGUGGCAGACCCAGAUGUCACCGCCCAAGACGCUCACGAGGUGUUUAAGCUGGACAAGAACCCUGUGGAGCCCCAGGCUGGUUUUGGGAAUAAGUCUUCCACGUCGUCCGGCCCCCCGUCUCAGUUCUAUAUGGCCCCCAGUGUUCCCCCAGAAGAGGGGGGCAGGACUCCUCUGCACAUGGCCUGCCAGAGAGACAAGGACUACUCUAAUGCUAGGGAGGUUGUGUCACUGCUCCUCUCCCACAAGGCAAGCACCAAUCUUCUGUGGAGUGGCCACUCUCCCCUCUCUCUAGCUAUCGCUAGCGGCAACGACUUGGCUGUUGAUGAGCUGUUGGCUGGGGGUGCUGACCCCAACCUCCCCCUGACCCGCCGGGUGGGUAGUGCCCUCUGUGCCAUGACCAAUAUCAGCUACGACUGUGCGGCUCACCUCCGCAACAGAACCAAGCUGCUGGAGAAACUGAUGAAGGCUGGUGCCAACAUACUGAUGCCAGUGGUGGUUGGUGAGGGCCGCAGGUGUGCUGUGGGCACCGCUGUGGACUACGCCCACUAUGCAUUUCACCAGGACUGGCGCAUCGCCCACACCCCGUACCAUGCCCUGAACCAGAGGGAGAGAGAGGCAUACAAUGCCCGCAGACAGAUCCUCAGCGUGAUGGGAGACUUGCUGCGUCAGGCAGUCAUCAGGAUGGAGAGACAGCGUGUAGAGAGGGAGCAGGGCCUGGGCAUCAGCAGUGUUAGUCCCACAGAGAAGUUUGUGUACACUGGAGCAGGAGCCACUCCUCCCUGGAACAAGGCAGCCAGAGCAGUUCUCUCUGAGGAGCAGGACAGCACAGAGUCUCUCCCUCAGCAGAUAGAACAGCAGCAGAGGGCAGAGCAGAGACGGGGAAGUAAGGCAGUCAUUGUCAGGAAGCCCCUGUUUAAAUACUGCUACCAGUGUGGCCGUUCUGUGGGUGUGGUCCUGAUCGCCUGCAGCCGCUGUCACGAGGUAUUCUACUGUAGCAAAACGUGCAAGAUGAAGGCCUGGAACGACCGCCACAAGGAUGAGUGUGUCCGUGUACCAGCUAAGCCCAAAGACCCAAACAGCUCUAUGAGGAAGGCCAAAAGCAGCGAGGGCUCUCAGGAUCCAGCCACUCAGAGACGAUAUUUAGGAGCCGGGGCCAAAACCAAGACGGGCCAGCUCAACCUGGCCCAGAAACUCUCAGAGAGCCACUAUGGAACCCUGAAAGAGAACUACAGCUUCAUCUGACAGCUACACAUAGACUGAUUCUGUUAUAUUAAAGUACUUUGGGAAUGGAAUAUAUUCUCUAGAGAGAUGAAUGGAGGAGAGUGGUGACUUGGUUUCAUGUGAAACUGUGUGCCAGAUGACUUGACAGACAUGAUCAUGUGCAGUAAGAUAAAAUGUGUAAUCAUUGGGCAUUAUCCCAGUACCUUUGACUCUGUUACCAGAAGAAGCAAUUACAAAUAACAGUCAGUCUCAGUCGGACAUCUUUAAAAUGUCAUCACGUUUAUAAUAGCUGACAAUUCAUGGGGGAAAACAACGACAGAAUGUCGACAUAUUUUCACCUUGGCAUUGUUGCUCAAUCACAAGAACCUCAAAAGGGGAAUUUUGUAUUUAUUUUUCAAAUUGGCACAUUUUACUUAUGCCUCCCACUGUAUUGUAGGACAAUCAAGUGUGUCCACCAAAUACUUUGGGGCCCUUGAUUUUCACACCCUGACACAUAAAACCACAUUCACACCACACGCAUACAUUUUAUGUAAUCAGCCAGCCUGUAUCUGUAUCCAAAUCAAUCAGCACCUCAACAUGGCGCUUCUCUCCCAUUGAUUUUUCCAUAUGAGGAUUCUCUGUGUGUUGAGAGGGCCUGCUCAUCGAUUUCUCAGUGUUCAUUGGGCUUGGGAUUGAGCUGAGCAGCCCAGUGUUGGGUUUGUUAGCACAAGUAUUUUGAGCUAUACGAACCUGCAGGUAACGAGGAAUGGGCUUCUUAUUCAGCUUCCCACCUAAAUGUAUUAAGAGCAAAAUCUCUCACCAAAUCUACUGUAAGUGCCAGGGAACCACAUGAAAAGCAGGUGAAGGAGAGACCAGGGGCAGUGCAAAUUUAGGGGAUGAUGAUCAAGACUGGAAAGCAGCAAUCAUGCUCUGUAUUCUGUUUACGUUUCUUUUAGCUCGGUUUUCAAUGUUUCUCUCCUGGGAAAUCAGAAGCUGUAUUCACACAGUCUUAAAACAUGCAUUCUACAUGCAUCCAUUCAUGCUGUGCCUCUAUAUGCAGGCAGUCAAACAGUCUCACACACAGUUUUACACAAAGUCAAAGACAGGCACUCACACACUUACAUACCGUACACCAGUACAUUGACAUAUACACUGUGUUACAUUAACGGACACUGUGUCACCAGAUCUUCUCCAUUCUAGCAUCCACGUACUGUCUGGAUGUCUCACCCCCAACAAUUUAUAAUUUAAUCACUAUUGGCCAUACAUACACAAUAUGCCACUACAUCAGAUUUAUUCUCUGCUAUGACAGACUGUAACUGUACACAGACACUUUGAAAUUGUCCUCCUGUGUGUGACGGAGGGAACAUGAGCCAGCUCCAACAACAAUGCACUCCCAUCACUGACUGCACCUUCAUUACAAUGUCACUGUGCUGCCUGGAACAUUCUAGCAACGUUUGGAGAACGUGUGACAGUGAUUUAGUCAAGGCAUUCCUUCUCCACAUCCAGCUGUAGUCAACUGUGCAUAUGGCAGGCGGGGAAGGUUCAAACCCCUAAGUUUGGGUUAGUGAUAAUAGAUUACAUUAUAUUACAAGAUAGGAAAUAUGUAUAAAAAGCUGCACCUCUCCUUUUUUUGACGGGUCGCCAGGAUGUGUUGAGUGAACAACACUAACCAACGGCUAUGCUUCAAAUUCUUCUUGUGAUCUGUAUGCGUGUUGGGCUUAUUUUGAAGUGUGUAUACUCUGUGUGUUGCUGGCUAAGUGAGCUGUGCGUCACCUUGACUGCUAACAGAAUGGUGGAUUUUAGAAGUUUGAAGACCAGAUUGAUCAAAUAAAAUAUCAGACACAGAGAGGCUUCCAGGCCUAAUAUGACGGAAGCGGCUUUCUACAGUCCUUCAAUAGAGAACGGCUAGAUUGUUAUACUAUACCCACCUGCUUUCACAGACCUACAGAUCUCCUAUCUUCAUUUAAUCACUCUGUUAUCACAGAGAAUGUCCCUGUGCAGCAGGAAAUGCAAACUUAAGAGUUUUUAAAAGGCUUCUAAAGUUUGUAAUUUCCACUUUAAAAUGUCAGACUUGAUUUGCCCUAAUGAAAAAAUGUAU